CUGCCUAGGGUGGGGGCUGGCAAAAGCAGCGAGAAACAUUAACGGGGCGGAGAGAGGAGAGUUCUGGGUCCUGGGGGCAGCCGUCCCAGCCGCCCUGCCCGGCAUGUGCAGAGGAAGAAGAGAAAAACACAUUCACUAGAACACACACACACACACACAUACACACACACGCCCAGCCAGCCCUAUUUGUAACGGAGGAGGAGAUAGCUGGAGUUAUGCAUAGGCAGGAGAGGAAGCCGUGGCUGGCGCCAAGCGGAGGAGGAGGAGGACAAGGAGAAGGAGAAGACGGAGGGGGAGGCGGCAGCAGCCGCUGCCCCUCCAAGGACCUAGUCCACCGACUCUGCUCCCGCACCAGCCUCAUGGCUGAAGUUCUGUUCCGGCAGGAGAGAAUAAUGAUCUCCAAAGGAAAAAUCAUUCUGUUUCUGCUGAUUUUAUUAACUGCACUGGUGGUGCUCUGGGGAUAUAAUAACAGCACAGAAGGAUCUCUCUUGUUUAUAUAUCCUUAUCGGUCUGAAGAGAAUAUCAAUAGCAAUACCAAUGUUCAGAAGAGAUGGUGGCUGUCCAACUGGUUUAACAAUAGGAGCCGGGAUUAUCAUAUCGAAGAACCCCAGCUCUCAGAUUGGUUUAAUCCCAAACAACGCCCUGAUGUUCUGACAUUGACAAAUUGGUUUGCUCCGGUCAUAUGGGAGGGGACUUACCGUAGAAAGAUCCUGGAAGACUAUUAUACCAAGCAAAAGAUCACAGUGGGAUUAACAGUAUUUGCUAUCGGAAGGUACCUUGAUCGAUAUUUGGAGGAAUUCAUGACGUCUGCUGAGAAGUACUUCAUGGUUGGCCAGAGAGUCAUAUUUUACAUCAUGGUGGAUGACUACUCUAAGAUACCUUGGAUACAGCUGGGUCCCCUUCGUACAUUCAAAGUAUUUGAAAUCAACAGAGAGAAGAGGUGGCAGGAUAUUAGCAUGAUGCGUAUGAAAAUCAUUGGGGAACACAUUAUAAAUCACAUCCAGUAUGAAGUUGACUUCCUCUUCUGCAUGGAUGUGGAUCAGAUCUUCAAGGAUGAUUUUGGGGUGGAGACUCUGGGUGAGUCAGUAGCUCAACUCCAGGCAUGGUGGUAUAAGGCUGAUCCCAGUGAGUUCACUUAUGAGAGAAGGCCUGAGUCUGCAGCAUACAUCCCUUUUGGCCAGGGAGAUUUCUAUUACCAUGCAGCCAUUUUUGGUGGCACACCCCUUCGGGUUUUGAACCUCACCCAGGAAUGCUUCAAGGGAAUUCUUCAGGACAAGAAAAAUGACAUUGAAGCUGAGUGGCAUGAUGAAAGCCAUCUCAACAAGUAUUUCCUUCUCAAUAAACCCACAAAAAUCUUAUCACCAGAAUACUGCUGGGAUUACCAUAUAGGCACCUCCUCAGACAUUAGACUUGUCAAGAUUGCUUGGCAGUCAAAAGAGUAUAAUGUGGUGAGAAAUAACUCCUGAUAUUUUUGAUGGGAUGGUAUUAAGUUUCUGGAUUAGAGUGCCUACCAUUCUGGCUAAUUCCUCAAAGCAGUUGCACUUAAAAAAAAAGUAAAGCCAAAAAAAUUACAAAAAGUCAUCACCUCACUCAAAAGCAAAUUCACAAAACCUCUUUUUUCUUUAUAAUUUUCAAUCUUCUGCAUGGGUGAUACUGGAUAAAGAACCUAUCUAUGGAAAUUAGAUGUAAAUACACACUGAUUUUUUUAAUCUACUGUGGGUAAUGGGGAAAUAUUUUGACCUUAAUAAAAUAUGACUAAAUAGAUUAUGUCAUAAAUAUGCAAAGCCAGAAACACUCUUAUUCUGUAAGUAAAAUUCAACCAUCCAAAAGUUGGUAAGGAAGGUCUAAGUCAUGGAUUGGUUCCUUAUGACUUUGUAAUGUGUCGCUGUCUUCAGCCAGCCUGAAGAAGGAUGGUGACAUCUGGCCUGUGCCAAUACUUUAUAAGUACUAUGGGCUAUGACACAACCCAAGUUUACAAUUCUUAGAUGACUAUCAAUGGCACAUUACCUGAACCCAUUUGAGGACUGUGGUCAUUCCUGAUCAGAUAGUGAUGUAUUCAUCUGCAAAGUUUGUAAAAAUAUUAGGAGACACAACUAUCUGAACAUGAGUUUUCAUAAUGGUGCCCAGGGGUUUUAUUUCAAUGACUCUUCCAGGACUAGGUAUUAAACAUCUAUUCAGCAAGAGGCAGAUUAGCUCCUAAGUGAGUGUUAAGUCAUCUUUAGGGGCCAGAAAAUAUAAAAUAAGAGUCUGGUGACUGGUCUGUGGCACUGCUACAUUAGAUCCCGUUGGUGCACUGAACAUGUUGGAGAUAUGAGACUGGUGUUUGAUGACCUGUGUUACAGGAGUGAGGAAGGUAUCCUUACUUCCAGUGGACACAACAAAUUCACAGGGCUACCUAAUGACUCUCAAUGGCCAGUGUUUCCUUCUGCGUGUGUUGUUUCAUACUUGCCCCAAUUAUAGUUUCCACCUUGUAGUUUUCACACUGUGAGUGAGGAGAAGAAGUUGAGAGAAAGUAGAGACAGAGAGGGCCAAUGGAGAUUAGAAGGAGAGGGCAAGAAACUUUAAGUUCUUUACCCUGGACUUCCUCCAAACAAGAGAAAGCCUAUGGAAAUGCUCUAUUAUUUAAUUAUCACUGCCAGUGCCACUUGGACCACUUCAAGGGAUUGGAUAAUGUCUUAGUGAGCAUCCAGGGUAAAAGAAGCAAAAGACACCAAGUGAAUGACUGUAGGCCCUCAAAAAUGGAAUUCCAUGUGAAUUAUUAUGAAAGCAAAUACAGAUGGCAAUGUUAGCCUUUCCAAUAGCCAUCAUUCUGGCAAAAGACAUCAGUAUCCUCUGAGAGAGACUAUAAAUGUCCUUAGAUCUCAUUGGUAAUUGAGCCACUAGCUCACUGAGAAGGCAGGAGAAGGAAUGUAUGUUGAUAUUUAUUUUCCUAGCUUUCUCAUGUGUUCCAGCUCAAAUUAUUUUCCGUAUCCAAAUAAGUUCCUCAAGGACCUAUUUGUCAUUGCAUAUAUUGUGCUAACUACUGUGCAGGGGCUACUUUGACACAGUGUAACAGUGGUUAACAUGAACAUUCUCCUGUUCCUCUCCCUAUCUAACACUUUCUUUGUAAAAAUAAUAAUAAUAAAAUUUUAAAUACCUGCAGGGGAAAAUAGAUCAUAUGUCAGUCAAAGCCCUCUUGAGCUCCGUAAAUAUUAGUCAAUCCAUUUUAGACUAAAUUUGGAUGAAGAAGGACUAAGCUAUCCACCCUGUACUCAACAUGAUGUAUCCUGAGUGUUUUGGUAUCAGGUUUAAGAGGCAACUUUAAGGGGAGUUGAUGAUUAGUUUUCUUUUGCUUUUUUUUUUUUUUAAGGAAAGAGUCAUUGGAAUUCCAAUUGAAACAAAUUCAGUAUAUCUUUAAUGAUUGCUCUUAAGAGCUUUUAAUAUCAUUUAAGAUGUAAAACAAAAUAAAUUAUUUUCUCAGAA